AACAGGAUUGUUUGCUUGAAUACGUGGAAAGCAGACACCGCUCACCUCCGGCUUGCUCGCUCAGCCUUCACCAAAUUAACCUUACGGGACAGCCUCGGGCGUGUAUGUCCGGUGACAGUGGGACGACUCCCCCGCGGACGUGGACGUGGUCAGUCGGCGUGUCCCGACGCAAUUGACUGAAGGCUGAGCAGUCCUAUGAUACCUCGGACACAUUUUUACUCGUUUUGCCCCCCUCCCCCCUAACGCCGCGCGGCCAACUUGGGACACGUUAACGCCACCAACUCGCUGAGAAGUUCUUGAAGACAUCUCCAACAUGUCCGUGGCGGGGUUGAAGAAGCAGUUUUACAAAGCUAGCCAGAUGGUGAGCGAGAAAGUCGGAGGUGCAGAGGGAACCAAGCUUGACGAUGACUUCAGAGAUCUAGAACGGAAAGUGGACGUGACCAGUAAAGCCGUUGCGGAGGUGAUCUCUAAAACUUCGGAAUAUCUCCAGCCCAACCCUGCAUCAAGGGCCAAACUAUCCAUGUUGAACACCAUGUCCAAAAUCCGUGGUCAGGUGAAGAACCCCGGCUACCCUCAGGCCGAGGGGCUUCUGGGAGAAUGCAUGACCAAGUAUGGAAGAGAACUCGGAGAGGAGACCAACUUUGGUGGCGCGCUGGUGGAAGUCGGUGAAGCCAUGAGGAGAAUGGCAGAAGUCAAAGACUCGCUGGACAUUGACGUCAAACAGAACUUCAUUGACCCGUUGCAAGGACUCUGUGACAAGGACCUCCGAGAGAUUCAGCACCACCUCAAAAAACUGGAAGGUCGCCGCCUGGAUUACGACUACAAAAAAAAGCGGCAAGGCAAAAUUCCGGAAGAGGACAUCCGACAGGCCCUGGAGAAGUUCCACGAGUCGAAGGAAGUCGCCGAGACGAGCAUGUACAACUUGCUGGAGACAGACAUUGAGCAGGUGAGCCAGCUAUCGUCUCUGGUGGAGUCCCAGCUGCAGUACCACAAGCAGGCGGUUCAGGUCCUGGAAGAGCUUUCUGACAAGCUUGGAGAAAGGAUGACUGAGGCGCAGUCCCGACCGAGACGCGAAUACACGCCUAAGCCCAAACCUUUGUUUGACUUCGGGGAAGACAACCACUCCAACGGGGGCUACUCCACUUCAAUGGCACCACCCCCUUCUCGCAACUCAGCAGCCCCGGAGCAACCCAGCUGCAAGGCGCUGUACGACUUUGAACCUGAGAAUGAGGGCGAACUGGGCUUCCGCGAGGGCGACAUCAUCACGCUGACCAAUCAGAUCGACGAGAACUGGUAUGAGGGGAUGCUCAACAGCCAGUCGGGGUUUUUUCCACUCAACUACGUGGAGGUGCUGGUUCCCUUGCCCCACUAAGGCAUCGAGUAUUUGUGGGUGAGGGCGGGUAGGGAGCGAGGGCUCGGACAAACCCGCCACGGUUCCGAGCUAGAAACUGGAGGACGGACUUUUAAAACCUCUCUUUGAUUUUUUUUUUUUUUUUAUAAAGACCUUGACAAAAGUAAACCGCAAAGCUCAGGUUGUACCGUUACUCACACUCCCCCCAUUUCAAAUCUGAGCGACUCUGUAAUGACACCUGCUGGUCAUCCUGACAAUUGCCUUUUUUAGCUGACUGAGGUUUGAAACCACACUGUCCCAUCCUGAAGUAUUUAUUCCAUGUCCGGCGUAAGGUUCACGUACUAGUAGGCUCUUUGCGCUCAUUAUUACUGUAUUUGCCAAUUCAUAAUAUAUUGUCCAAUUCAUUGAAACUGGGAGGUUUAGCAGAAAGAUUUAUAAGUUUUUUUUAAUAGAAAAAACAAGUUAAUGCUGUGAACUCAACGUUCUAAGUAAACUGGAAUUUAAAGGAGUUUAUCACUUGUAGACGUCAAAUGCAUUUGAAGUGGAAGGGUGGCAGCGAAUAACGAACUUUCAUUUGCUGGCACCUUCCCACUUCAAAUGGAUUGGACGUCUAUCGCUGUCAAUGCAGCCAAUGAGUUAAAGCAACACCUACUCAAUUAUUUUCAUAACAUUUGUGAUGAUAUGUCGACUGACGGCUUUUUUAUAUCUUGAAGGCGUCUGUAUCGCUUUCACCAGCACUAAUUAACUUUGAGGAGGGUGGCAGGAAUCCUGCCACAGAAAAAAAAACUACAAGUGUGCUGAGUGCUUUAUGACAUACUUCACCCUUUCCCCAUUCAUUAUAAAGACGGAAGUCGAUGCGAAAGCUUUCGAGCGAAUGCUGCAAAGAUGGCAGAGCAUCAAAACAGGCAAAAAGUUUUGUCUGAGGAGGGAAAAAAAGAGGCUACCAGGAUAUAUAGAAUAAACAUUUGCCCAGCUUUCCCUCACUAGGGUGGGGGUGGAGGGGUAGCCACACUAAGCCACACAGUUGCCAUAUGCUAUUGAUUAGCCACAACUGGAUGAAUUUUCAUUCAUUCAUUUUCCGAGCCGCUUGUCCUCACGAGGGUCGCGGGGGUCCUGGAGCCUCUCCCAACUAACAAUGGGUAGUGGGCGGGGUACACCCUGAAAACUGGAUUUAUUACCUUAUUACUGUUUGUCCUACCCAUCUGACCGGUUGAUUGAUUUUUGUUUCAAUGAUGAUUUUACGACACUGUUCGGAUGUCUGUGGUCCUCAUGGGAAACGCAGUCUUCCGUAAAGGGAACCACGGCUAGAAGGACAUGUAGUUCUUAGAAGCUAAAUCUUAGUACGAAUAUUUUGGUAUUAAACCCCCUCUUAAUGUUUUUGUUUCAGUAAAAUUUUACAAAUUAUUUUAACUAUUAGGUCGCCAUCGUUGUUGACGUCGCAGGGCGGUGACGUCACAUGGCCCUGCUACCGGAAUUCCACGUGUCACCCUUUAAUUAUGUAAUGUAGUGAUUUAAAUACGCCACAAGGUGUUAAUGGCGAGUUUUAAAUUAAUUAGGCCAAGCCAAUGAGUGCGUUUUGUCCCUUGACUGAUGCUGUAGUUUUCCUUUAAUCCACAGUGGGGUGUAAAGGCAGAGAGAUUAUUUUGGCCGUCCCUCCCACUUCAAAUGAAUUGGACGUCUACUCAUGAUAAACCCAUUUCAAUUCACAACAGAAGGAUGAAGUGAGCUUGUUUUUCUGUUCAUUACUUGUACUGUAAUUUUCAGACUAUAAGCCGCUACUUUUUUCCCUCAUUUUGAAUCCUGGGGCUUAAAGUCCAGUGCGGCUUAUUUGUUGAUUUAUUUGGGUUGAUGGGUAACACUUAUUAUGACAGUGGAGUCAUAAGACUGCCAUAAGACCGUCGUAAUUAUGACAUGACACUUUGAUUGGCAUUAAUAAAUAGGGCUGCAUGAUAUCCAUUUUUUGAAACCGAUACCAAUAUCAAUAACCGAUAAUAAAUAUAUAUUUUUUUUAAUGUAUAACCUGAGUUUUUGAACACCUGGAGGUUUUUUUAAAAAAAAAAAUCUAGUGGUGGAUUCACCAUAGAUUUGCCUUUGAUUUCCCCAGAUUUUUUAUAAUGACAUGAACAAAACCCGGCGCUUCACUUCUGCGCUGCCCGACAGCCAGCUAAGAAUGAAUUCACUUCCAUUAACCACAAGGCUUGGUCUUUUCUUGCUUUUAUGGGAAGACACUCGUCUUAAUAUUGUGAAAGUACAACAGAAAAAUACACAUAUUCAAUACUCAAUAUACAACAAACUGCAAAAUACACUUAUACACACAACUAUUAUAUGUACAGCAUUGCACACUAACUUGAGCUACUAAAGCAUUGGCUGGCUUCUAUAACACAACUUAAGAAGUUCUGUACAUAUGACCCUUCACCACAGAAGUAAACAUAUAUUGCACAUCCGUAUGUUAUAGUAAACAUAAAAUACUUACAUAUAUUUCCGAGGCGGAAACUUAACAGAAAGCAUUCACGACUGUCAAUGCGACCGCUAGACACCGCAAUGUGUAAGUGAUUGAACCAAACUACUGUAACAAAAAAUAGAUGCAGUGAAUUAUUCUGACCAGCAGGUGGGAGCAAUGCCCCGCAAAUGGUCAACUGAUUUCCCAUACAAGUGUGUAAACUGUAAACCCAGAACAGUACAUAUUAUCGGUCCUAUUAUAAAUGUUAUUGGAAUUAUCGGGAUGACGUCAUAAUUCCUAUUAUCGGACCAAUAAUUAUCGUGCACCAGUAUUAAUAAAUGCAUAUGACAGAUUAUGUCACUAACUCCAUUUAUGUCCUGCUUGGAUCUUUUACAUCCAUUGAAAAGUGAGAUAAUUUGCUGGAUGACACAAAAUGGCACCUGUCAUAAGCAGUCAUUAAUGCUCAUGGCAGUGUCAUGUCAUAAUUAUGAUGGUCUCAUGACAGUCUUAUAGCACCACUGUCAAGUAAAGUGUUACCAGAUACCAUAACUAGCAAUUAAUGAAACAACUGGAACACUAAUUGAAGAAAUAAUUAGCACAGAACAUGAAUUUUGAGGAGGGUCCGUCAGGAAGUCGAAUCUCGGAUUCAGGAGGAGCAGUGUGGUUUUCGUCCCGGCCGUGGAACAGUGGACCAGCUCUACACACUUGGCAGCGUCCUCGAGGGUGCAUCGGAGUUCGCCCAACCAGUCUACGUGUGUUUUGUGGAUCUGGAGAGGGCGUUUGACCGUGUGCCUCGGGGAGUCCUGUGGGGGGUGCACCUGGAAUACGGGUUCCUGAGCCCCUUGGUAAGGGCUGUCUGGUCCCUGUACGACCGGUGUCAGAGUUUUGUCCGCAUUGCCGGCAGUAAGUCGAAUUUGUUCCCAGUGAUGGUUGGACUCUGCCAAGGCUGCCCUUUGUCACCGAUUCUGUUCAUAAUUUUUAUGGACAGAAUACCUAGGCACAGCUGAAGCGUUGAGGGGGUCCGGUUUGGUGACCUCAGCAUUGCAUCUCUGCUUUUUGCAGAUGAUGUGGUGCUAUUGGCUUCAUCAAGCCGUGACCUCCAACUCUCGCUGGAGCGGUUCGCAGCCGAGUGUAAAGCGGUUGGGAUGAAGAUCAGCACCUCCAAAUCCGAGACCAUGGCCCUUAGUCUGAUAAGGGUGUCGGGAAUGAAAUCCUACCCCAAGUGGAGCAGUUCAAGUAUCUUUGGGUCUUGUUCACGAGGGAACAGGAGAUCGACAGGCAGAUCGGUGCAGCGUCUGCAGAAAUGCGGACUCCGCACCGGUCUGUAGUGGUGAAGAUGGAGCUGAGCCGAAAGGCAAAGCUCUCGAUUUACCAGUUGAUCUACGUUCCUACACUCCGGGCUCUCCCUUAGAGAUGGGGUGAGAAGCUCGGUCAUCCGGGAGGGACUCUGCGUCAAGCUGCUACUCCUUCGCAUUGAGAGGAGCCAGCUGAGGUGGCUCAGGCGUCUGGUUCGGAUGCCUCCUGGACACCUCCCUGGAGAGGUGUUCCGGGCAUGUCCCACCGGCAGGAGGCCCCGGGGACGACCCAGGACACGCUGGAAAGACUAUGUCUCUCACUGGCCUGGAACGCCUUGGGAUCCUGCCAGAAGAGCUGGUUGAAGUUGCUAGGGAGAAGGAAGUCUGGUCUUCCCUGUUAAAGCAGCUGCUGUCGCGACCCGACCCAGGAGGAAGCGGAAGAUGAUGGAUGGAUUGAUAGAACAUGAAUUUUGAUUGUUAUUUACAUCUGUAGCGCUGCAAUGCAUGCUAGGAGGCAUUUUGGAAAAAACAGUGUUGACAAUAGGUGGCAGCAGAGGUUGACUGUCUCCCCCAAGGGAGCAGUGAUGGCCAAAUGAAGCUUCUUGAAAUAAUGAAGCUUUGCAGUCAAUUGGUUCAAAUCUUCAUGGAGGUUCAUUUGGUCUUAUGACAGUCUUAUGAUGCCGCUGUCCAAUAAAGUGUUACCGAUUAUUAUCCUUUGGUGUAAAUAUCCCAUAAUACAGUGAGGACCGCUGCGGCUUAUAGUCCGGUGCGGCUUAUCUAUGAUCAAAUACCGUUUUCAUGUCAAAUUUGGUGGGUAGCGGCUUAGUCAGGUGCGCCUAAUAGUCCGAAAAUCAUGGUAUUGUAAAACAAUUGAAUUAUUUCCGGACCCGCAUAUCGGUAAUUGUUGUAUCGCCAAAUAAAGGCAGCAUAAUAUUAUGUCGUCUGCAUUUUAAUACAACCCAAGAUCUGUCAAUAUGCUCUACAUUGGCUUAGUCUGAGGUUUUUCUGGUACAUGAACCUUAAACUGGAUAUAAAUAUGGAAUAAAUCCACACAGGGCUAACAAUAGCAACCGCUUAGCCUUCAAUGUGUUGUCCUUUUAAAGUAUCUUAGCGAUGCUAGCUUCAUUACACCAGUGAACAUUGUCCAUUUUAUUUCAUUGUUAAGACCCGCACCAUUUUAAAGCCCAUUUAACCCACGCAGUGCCUGAAAGUACGACGCUGCUGGCAGCGCUUCGGUCUUUCCGACUGUAAUGUGAAACUCACGCUUCCCUCUGCAGUUUUUUUUUCCCUCGGUGCAUUUAGACUGUUCCUACAAGUGGGAUAAAAUUGGAGCUGGGCUUGACGGUACCACUUUAGAGCUUCCACCGUGCAAGAAUUCAUUCGUGUAUGGUCGAAGAGUCACACCACAGCUAAGGGAACAAAUCAAGGGAAUGCUUUGAUUUGCUAAUAUUUUUAACUUUUAAAUCAGUGUUUGUCUCAUUUAGCGCCCCCCUCCCAAAACCUUAUUGUGUUUUGGGCCUUUUCUAAUAUGUUUACACGCACUGUGGAUGGACUUUUUUUUUUUUUAAUUAGUUUCGAGUGCCUUUUUGGAACAGGAAACCAAAAACUAACGCAGUUGCUACUUAAGUGGUCCUCAAUUUCUUAUUUUUCUUUUUGAACCGGCGGCACUUUAGCGCGUGUGCACAUUGACAACACUACAGGCUGUUUUUCCACACACAAAUGGAUAACUUUUGUUAAUUUUUUGCAUAUGUGUAUAGAUAUUUUUGGGAAAAGUCCUAUUCAUUUCCUGGUGUGAAGCGCUAUGUUCUGUUUUAGUCGGUCUUAAAUAUUCUACAGAAUCUCAUUAAACGGAUUCAGGCUCGCUAUAGUAUUAUUUUUAUAUACAAACUCAUUUUAAAAAAUGCAUGUAGUCCUUAUAUUAAUUAUUGAUGUACCCUGUGAAUGUUAGAUGUAAGUCACCUUUUUACUUUUGCUAUGAGAACUGAAUUUAACCACCAAUUCUUUUCUUUUAUCAUUUUAUUUGUAUGUGCUUCUUUCUUGACCCUCCCACACGUCUUUCAAUAAAAGAUAAUCCUAAAAGAAUGUGAAAUUUAUUUUCAUGGGGAAAAAAAUACUAAAGAAUCAGCUAUUUUAAAUAUAUCCAGUGUGUAUUGGUAAAAUGUUUCGUGGAUCAGCAAUCAGCAGGCUUAAGGCAUCACUGUACUCAUGCAUGCACUCAAUAAAUUAAAAACUUUUUAUGAGGCUAAUACAGAUGUUCUCAAACUGGGGUGUGUCUUGUGAACCUGGGGGUCUUUGAAAUAAAGUGCGGUAUUGUAUAUUUUAAAAAAGGAUAAAAAAUGUGACAUCCCUGCAUGGGUAUAAUUUAACAAAAUGUAUAUCUUUCAAGAUUUAAAAAAAAUAAUAAUAAUAUUAGCCAUAGACUUCACAAUCAGUUGACGGAACGGCUCCUACAGAUAUUGCGCCACGACGUCCCGUAGGGGGCAGGGCCAGGCAGAUCGUCUCCGCCUUUUACUGCGAUAAACAUACGCCGCGUUCCAAAACCUAAUUUAGGUGGAAACACGAAAGUUUUAGUGCAUACAAGCAGGUAGGAUCGUCUCGAGAGGGAUUUGGACAAGAAUUCAAGGUAAAUAUUUUAUCAAAUAGCACCAUACAUACACUUUGAAACGUGAAAAAAACAAAUGAAUGGGGAAAAAAAGCAUAACUUAAGCUUGAAAUAUUUACGUAAAAUGAAUGCUAACUGCCAAGGUUUUU